AAAAUUAUAAAAAAACACUCAUCAAUUUCCCUUCCCACACUCUUAAAACUCUCUCACUGCAUUGCUCCCUAUGUUCUCAAGCUCUCACCGCCGUCCCAACAACAGCCGCCGCACCGCCGCCGCCGCCGCCACCUCCUCCUCCUCCCCCCCUCCUCCGGCAACCAUAGCCAGCACCCCUUCCUCCUCCUCCUCCUCUGCCAGCAGAGGAGCCCAUGCCGACCACCACCACGAUGACGACGAAACCGACGACCACGAAACCGAAGUCACGAUACGUGACAUCUACGCGCUGACCCCGCCGCGCCCCCCGCCGCCGCCGCCGCUCAGCCGCCCCUCCUCGUUGCUGAUGAGCAGCGGCGAGCUGGGGACCACCGCCUCGAGCGAGAACUUCACCACCAUGAGCAGGGAGUUCAACGCCCUCGUCCUCGCCGGCUCGGCCGCCGACACCGGAGGAGGGCCGGAACACGUCACCACCGCCGCCGCUGCGGCCGCCGCCGCCAACGUGAACAACUACUUGGCGAGGAUCGGAGAGGACGACGACGACGUGGUGGUGGAGACGAACCCUCUGGCGAUCGUCGCCGAUCACAAUCCGGUGAUGGCGCCGUGGGGAAGGGGAGGCUCCGCCGCGUCGUCGGCGGCGAUGGGCGGCGGAGGGGGAGGAGUGUCGACGGUGGGGAGGGUGAAGAAGGAGGAAGUGGAGACGAAGAUCGGCGCGUGGCAGAACGAGGAGAUUGCGAAGGUGAACAACAGGUUGAAGAGAGACGAAGCGAUUAUUAGCGGGUGGGAGAACGAGAAAGUGCAGAAGGCUAAUGCCUGGAUGAAGAAGAUUGAGAGGAAGCUGGAGGAGAGGAGGGCUAGGGCACUAGAGAAGAUGCAGAACAAGGUGGCCAAAGCACACAGGAAAGCAGAGGAGAGGAGGGCAUCUGCAGAAGCCAAGAGAGGGACCAAAGUUGCCAGAAUCCUCGAGGUCGCCAAUUUGAUGAGAGCAGUUGGGAAAGCACCAACCAAGAGGUCCUUCUUCUGAAAUAGAAGAGAUAUAUAGAUAAUGAUAUAUAGAUAUAUCUCCCUCUGCUCAAAGAGAAACCCAGAAAAGGAGGUUACUUGAUAGCCAAGUUAAGUGGGGAGGGUUGUUUGGUCCUGUAUAAUGUUUUGAAUUGCAGGGCAAGCAACCCUAGAUAAGGACACCAUUAUGGUCAUGGCUGGGAGUGGAGUGGAGUGGAGUGGAGUGGCAAGUGAAGGACUAAAACCACAUAGCAAAUAUUUUGCUUCCUGUUGUGUGUGUUGAGGUGUUUUUAGGGUUUUUUUUUUCUGUUGUUGUUUUUAGUACUGUACAGUUGUAAUGUUUCUACUCUGUAAAUAUACUAUCCAACAAA